AUGCCAACAAUUUACCAUUCCCCUUAUCCAGAUAUGGAGAUCAAAUCGGUUGAUUUGGUCUCCUAUCUGUUCUCAAACCCUCUCAACACACCUCUGGAUCGGCCUAUGUACAUUAAUGCUAUCUCAGGAGAGCAAUAUACCCUUGGAGAUGUGAUUCAACGUACACGCUCUCUGUCCAACGGACUCCGACAAAGUAUAGGACUUAAGCCCAACGAUGUCGUGGCAUUGUUCAGUCCCAAUACAAUCGAUUACCCUGUGGUAUGCCAUGCAAUUGUCGGAUCCAGAGCUAUUGUUGCUCCGACCAGUGCGGCCUUGACGGCACUUGAGCUUAAUGCUCAGCUCAAGACUAGCGGAGCCAGAUUCAUCUUCGUCCAUUCAUCUUUGCUACAGACUGCCCAGAAGGCAGCUAAGGGGACACCCAUCGAGAAGAUUAUCUUGAUAGAUGGUCAAACGCCAGUCAAUGGGGAACUCACAUGCAAUCAUCUCGCUAGCACAUUUGCCCCCGCUGAUUUCCUCGCUAUCGAUCCGUCCGAGGCAGCUAGCCAACCCACAUUCAUCUGCUUUUCAUCCGGAACUUCAGGGGCAGCCAAGGGUGUCGUUACAACACAUCAGAACCUCACCUCAAACCUUCAGCAAUGGCGCCACCAACUAGACACCGGUCUUCCCUCCCAGCGACCAGCAAGAAAAUCCGCCAUUGCAUUCCUGCCCUUCAGCCAUAUCUAUGGCCUCAACCUAUUCAUGUGCCAAUGUCUGAUUUGGGGCACGACAGUGAUCAUCCUGCCAAGGUUCGAGCUCGAUUUAUACCUCAGCUGCAUCCAGAAAUACCGACCAGACGAGUUGUCGUUGGUACCACCCAUUGCUCUGAUGUUGGUUAAAGACCCACGGGUCGCCAAAUACGACCUCAGCAGCGUACGCACAAUAAUGUCUGCCGCUGCACCGCUUACAGUCGAAUUAUCGUCCGCCCUCGAAGCCAAGUUGACAAAAAUUUCCAAGACACAGGUAUACUGUACCCAGUCAUGGGGUCUGACAGAGACCUCGCCAAUGGCGACUGUCGUCCCAAAUGACCGUAUGGAUAAGCGGAACGCGGGUGUGGGCUGUAUUGUGCCCAACAUGCAGCUCCGCUUUGUGGAUCCCGAGUCGAUGAAAGACGCAGCCGUCACAUCUGAUGGAUCCACAGAGCCUGCGGAGAUCUGGUGCCGUGGUCCAAACGUGGUGGGGGGCUAUUACAAUAACGACGACGCGACGAAGGAGGCAUUCCACGUGGACGAGGAAGGAACGAGGUGGUUCCGAACCGGCGAUAUCGGUAUUAUCGAUAGAGAUGGGUAUGUCACCAUCCAGGAUCGCAUCAAAGAGAUGAUCAAGUACAAGGGACUGCAGGUCAUCCCUAGCGAGCUGGAGGGAAAGCUGGUCGAUCACCCCGACGUGGAGGAUGCGGCUGUGACUGGGGUGUGGGUGGAGGACAAGGCCACUGAGCUGCCAGUUGGAUUUGUGGUUUUGAGUCCCCAGGCCAAGGACAGGGAUCAGAAAGCUAUUCUUGAUGGGAUCCAUGCUUGGCUGAAUGAGCGUGUUGCCAACCACAAGCGUCUGCGUGGGGGCAUUCAGGUCUUAUCGCAAAUUCCCAAGUCGCCGAGCGGGAAAAUUUUGCGUAGACAGUUGAGGGAUCUGCUGAAGAGUCAAGUGCCCAAGGCUCGUCUGUGA